AUGAUUUUUCGCCAAAUUCAUACUAAAAUAUAUAGAAACAUUAAAAAUAUUUAUUAUAUACUUCGUUAUCCAAACUCAUAUUUCUAUCACUUUCGACAUACAAUUGAUCAUCUUCCAAGAUUAGUAAAACAUCAUAGUUUAAAAUCAAAGAAUCCAAUAAUUUCUGGUAUUCAAACACUUUUAAGGUCAGCAGUAGCAAGACAAGGAGUUAGAUCUACUAGUUUAUUGUCAUGUCACUGGAAAUUAUUAACAAUUGAUAGAUCAAAUGGUGGAUGGGCAUUUAAUAAAUAUGUCAAAAGACUUUUGGAGACUAAUACAUUUGCAAUUGAACAUGUUCAGAAUUUAUUUGGUACUAAUCCUCGUUAUAAUAAAUUUCUGAAUGAUGAUGUUUAUGGUAAUAGAUUACAAUACUACGAAAUCGGGGACUAUAUUAAUAAGGGUGCUUGUGGGGCUGUAUUUAAAUUACGAAAAAGAGAUAAUAAAACAGAUGCACAAUAUCCAUUAGCUUUAAAAAUGAUGUUUAAUUAUAAUGAAAUUGAUUUAAGUAGUCAUUUAAUGGAUGAAAUGAAAAAUGAAUUGAUACCAUUAGUAAAAAUAUCAAAAGAUUUAAAGAAAUAUAAAUAUUUUAGAAAUAUAAGAAAAAUACCAGAACGCCAUCCAAAUAUUAUUGAUCUUAAAACAGCUUUUUUUGAUAAUAUUACUGAAGAAUUAUGUAAAUUAGGUAGUGAUAUAUUUCCAGAAGCUUUACCAAUGAUGACAAAAUAUGGAAUAAGAAUACCUAGAGAGACAAUGUUUAUAGUUAUGAAAAGAUAUAGUCAAGAUUUAAAACAAUAUAAUAAAACAUGUAUUGGAAGACCUAUUAGAACAAAUAUUAUUAUUUUUGGGCAAUUAAUGGAAGCUUUAUCAUUCCUUCAUAAACAUAUUAUUGCACAUAGAGAUAUUAAAAAUGAUAAUAUACUUUUAGAGUAUAAUAAUGAAGGUGAUGUACCAUUUUUAGUUUUGGGUGAUUUUGGUUUAUCACAUUCAACAGGUUCAUGGGAAUUAAAAUAUAGAUAUGGAAUGACAAAAUGUGGUAAUAUUGCUUUACAACCUCCUGAAAUCUCAUUAGCUGAUCCUGGUGAACAUUAUGAAAUAUUGAAUUAUGAAAAAUCUGAUGUAUGGUCAGCUGGAGCUGUUGGAUAUGAAAUUUUUGAAAUGUACCAACCAUUUUAUAAGUAUUUAAAUAGUAAAACAUAUUUUAUGGAGGAUCUUCCAUUGUUAGAUAAAAAUAUUCCUUUACCAAUUAAAAAAGUUAUGAAUGGUGUAUUGGAAAGAAAAGUAGAAAGAAGAAUGUUUCCAGAAGUUGCUGGUAAUAUUAUUCUAUUAACACUUUUUCAAGAUUCAAAGAUCUUUAAAAAAUUUUGGAAUGACCAAGAAAAAACUCUUAAAAAAAAAAUAAAUUCUUCAAAUAAAAAACCCUUAUACGGAGAUGUCGUGACAAAAAUGAUUGAAAAUAUUUGUAAUAUGAUAACUGCUCAAACUAUAACAUUGCAAGCUUUUAACAAAGAAAAUAUUAGUAAUGCUGAACUUCAACUUAGAGCCACAUGCUUAAGUAGAUUGAAUAUUUAUGAUAUGCAAGCAGCUCUUAAUCAUUUUUUAAAUUAA